GUGCAAGAAAAUUUCAACUUGUAAAAAAAAAUUGAAGAUAUCAGGUCGUUAACUCGGAACUGCUAUUUUUGAAGCAAAAGCCUUUGUUCUGCGCCAUCUAAACAAACUAUAACUAUAACAAUAGCUGAGUAGCGAGUAUUGAUCUCUUAACUCAUUGCUGAAUCAAUAUUUUUCUGCCGUUUUAGUUUAGUUUAGUUUAAGAUAUAGCCACCGAAAAAUGAGUCAGCCGACAAUACGAAUUGAUUUAAAGAAAGUGCAGGCGAAAUAAGAGUCAGUAUUUAUGGUAGAUAUAGCUACUUUUUUGGUGCUUGUUUUCAGACCACUGCUGUGGUUUAAUGGUGUUACGUGAAACUAUGUGUAGUGCAAUGACCGAAUGAAUCUAUUUUGGAUGAAUCUCCAAGGACUUAUGAUUGUCACCGCAAGGACCUUGUUUUGGAACUGGGUCAACACAGACGGCUAUAACUUUGGAAAUUAAAAUUUUUUUUUUGAAAUUUUCGUGACUUCAAGUUAAAACAUAUUACUACUUUUGUAAAAUAACAUGAUUUAUUAGCAAAAAAAAUUUCUGAAAAUUCUUGACUGAAUUGUUUUAAACUAGCAAACCAGCUGUACCAGCGGUACAAAAUUACAAACUGCCAGUUUAAAACUUGUAAUGAAAACUAACAAGAUGGGCCCAUGCCCUUGUAGAUAGUGAGAAGAUAAAUUUAUUGCUACUAUGCUCGUGUGAAAGCUACAUACAUAUAUCUUUGUAUUCAUCAAGAAAAUUUGAACGUUCCUACUCAAAAGAUAACAAUUGCAUUUAUUUAGUUCAAAUUCUGCAUAAAACACUGAAUUAUUUCAGCGUAAAAAGACGCUGAAACUCAUAGAUCGAAAUCUGGAUUUGAAGUGGUUAAUUAAAAGAAACGAUUUGCUUCUUAUUUCUUAUCAGAAAUAUAUACACACAUAUUCCAUACACCCAUCUAACGCUAUAAGUAUAUAGAAGAGAAAAAAUAGUCAGGCCCAUAACAUGCAUACGUCGCUUAUGUAGCAGUUCUUCAUUCAAGUUAUACCAUCGGAGGCUAAUCAAUGUGCAUUUUUGCACGCACCGGUACUACUUCGCGCUGUUUGAACAAGCGGAACAAUAACAAAAAGAAAAUAACAUAAUGAUAUUGAAGAGCAACACAACGCAGCUGAUAAACGCGCUUUUAUCAACACAUAACCUCACUUCUACCUGAGACCGCGGCAUUGAUAAAAAGACGAGGCAACAAUUUUGAUGUUACAACCAUAAUAUCAUAUCAGCAAACAAUGUUUGCUAGACAAACGCGAUUCAAAACCGUAUGCUAGCAACGUGCAAGCAUCCACUUGGCACGUUGCUGAACCGUCAAUGUGAUCUUCUUCAACUUUAAUUAUUUUGAUUUAUCUGAGCAACAUUUUGAUGAUAAACAAACAGAAAAAGGGCACAUUCACGACAUAGAUAGAAGAGCGAAGCUAGUUCAGCUAUCUAGAAUUGAUAUGAACGGCAAAAAUAUGGUUAAUUAUCACUUUGUGUAAGAGUCUAAGUACUAUUUAACCCAUAUUCAAAGACUUUGACCAACUAACGUUUUCAUUUAGUUGCCAACAAUCGGGCGAACCGCACCGGAAAUAUGUUCGUUUUCGGUUUAUUGCUUCUGCUCCUCGGCGCCGACUUUGGCGCAUCACAAAACGCUCAAAGCUUCGACAGUCUCACGACGUCCAUUGCCGGUCUGGAACAAUUGAUCGAGACGGAAGCAUAUUUGAUACAAAAUUUGGAAAACUACGCGAAAGCACUGGAAGAAAAGUUACUUGUCAUUCGCAGCCUCAUUACUAACCUUCGCGCAGAAAAUGACAAGGCACAGAAGAAUCCUGGCUACUACAUAUCAAUUCCUACAAAUGUAUUCUCUUUGGUACGCCGGUUGCAGAAGGACUGGACUUAUUUGGACAUCUAUAUGAAACAAAGCGUUGGUCAAGAGCAAAUUAAAGCUCUACACGAGUAUUGGUACCAUUUGCCUAAGGAAAACGAUUGGGGCGAGGCGGUAAACGGAAUCAGCCGACUACAAGACACAUACGAUCUUAAAACAGAAGACCUCACAAAUGGUAUAAUUAAUGGCAAAACGUACGACACAAAAUUGUCGGCACUCGAUUGCUACGCAUUGGGUUUCGAGCUGUUCAGUAGGAGCGAUUAUUUAGGCGCUGGAUUAUGGCUUUAUUCCGCAAUCAGUUUGUACGAAGAAGAUGCGUUGUUAAGAUUGCAUGACUUGAGCAGAGAAAAAAUUAUGGAGCUGUAUGCCGAAACUCUUCUGAAACAAUAUCGCUAUCAGGAUGCUCUGACAAUGUUUAAUGUGAUAUUGAGUAUACCUUCGUCGAAGCCGAACUCGGAGCUACAGCGCCGGAAAAAUGACGUGGAAUUGCACAUUAAAACCUAUAAUCCACAACCAAUACCGUACACGAAAAGCCCGCCAAGCAAUUACCAACUUGGCUGUCGUGGCGCAUUUUCAAAUGAACUAUCGAAGCUCUAUUGCGUCUACAAUACGACCACCACAGCUUUCAUUAAAUUGGCUCCCUUGAAAAUGGAAAUCCUAAGCCUUGAUCCGUACUUGGUUAUUUACCACGACGUUAUGAGCGACGAGGAAAUCGCAACGCUUCAGCGUAUGGCCCAACCGGUUUUGAGGCGUGCCACCGUGUAUAGUGAAGAACGCAAAUUGAGCGAGGUUGUUGCCGGGCGCACCUCAAAAUUUGCUUGGUUCUAUGAUGGUACAAAUGAGGUAACAACUCGCGUUAAUAAACGAAUUGAAGAUAUGACUGGAUUUGAACUUAACGGCUCGGAAAUGUUGCAAGUGAUGAAUUAUGGACUUGGUGGACACUAUGCUACGCAUUUCGAUUUCUUCAAUGUCUCCAUGACGACUGAUAUUGUGGCGAUGCAUGGUGACCGUAAGGCAACGGUACUCUUUUACAUGAGUGAUGUGGACCAAGGCGGCGCUACCGUGUUUCCAAAUAUAAAAACUGCGGUCUUUCCCAAAAAGGGCACGGCUAUCGUGUGGUAUAACCUCAAUAAUCGGUUCGAGGCUGAUUAUAAAACUCUGCAUGCCGGUUGUCCAGUUAUAGUUGGCUCUAAGUGGGUGACCAACAAAUGGAUACGUGAGCGAAACCAAAUGUUCCGAUUGCCCUGCUAUAAAGAAUAGUUUAAUUAAAAAUACUUGUAGUAUACAUGUUUAGACUCGAAAAAUUAUUUUUUUUUUUUAAAACUCAGUUGUAUAAAUAAAUACGAAUAAAAUCGAAGUGGCAAAGUCUUAAUAUUAUAGUAAGGUCCUUCAGUAGUAAGUUCGG